GACACUUUCACUUUGGGAGGUGUGUUGAUGUUAACAAUAAUCUUGGACACUUUCACACUGUGAGAUGUGUUGAUGUUAACAAUAAUCUUGGACACUUUCACACUGUGAGGUGUGUUGAUGUUAACAAUAAUCUUGGACACUUUCACACUGUGAGGUGUGUUGAUGUUAACAAUAAUCUUGGACACUUUCACACUGUGAGGUGUGUUGAUGUUAACAAUAAUCUUGGACACUUUCACACUGUGAGGUGUGUUGAUGUUAACAAUAAUCUUGGACACUUUCACACUGUGAGAUGUGUUGAUGUUAACAAUAAUCUUGGACACUUUCACACUGUGAGGUGUGUUGAUGUUAACAAUAAUCUUGGACACUUUCACACUGUGAGAUGUGUUGAUGUUAACAAUAAUCUUGGACACUUUCACACUUUGAGUGUGUUGAUGUUAACAAUAAUCUUGGACACUUUCACACUGUGA